AUGCCGCAGCACAGCAGCCGGCUCGGCGGCGAUACGCAUCCUGGCGCGGGCAGCAACCUCAGCUGCGACCCGCGCCGCCGAAAUGCGUGGCUGGGAGAGCGUGCGGGGCCUGCGAGCAGGGCGCCCGGCGCCGCCAUUGCCGCCGUCGCCCGCGGCUUGCUCGACCCUGGCGAGGGGCUGAGAGCGCUCCUCGAUCCCGCCGACGUGCGCCUCGUCGCGGCGAUCGCCGCCCUCCACGACGACGGCGCGCCCGCCGCGGCGCUCGAUGCGCUGUCGGCGCGCGCCCUGCGCCGCGUCUUUGAGGAGGUGCGCCUCGACGCGCCUCCCGCCUCCGCCUCCGCCACUCGCGAGCUUCUCGCGGAGCGGCUCUGCGCCCUCCUCGGCCGGCGGAGGGGCGACGCCUUCAAGACGCCGCUGCUUCGCGCCCUCUGCCCGCGGCCGCCAUGCUGCGCGGCGGCGCAGGCCUGA